ACGUUGUUAGAGAUAAUCUUUCAAAUUUCCUCAAAGACGGAAGAUGGAAUAUUUAUGCACUCACAAAAUAAAAGGAGAAACAGGGGAUUGCCGUAGGUAGUCAUAUGAUACAAAUCAAACACAAGAAAUGGAGAUCACCUCGACUUCCCUCGUCCUGCUUAGUUUCUUGUUGUCAGCAGCUUUGGUUCUAGCUCUGAAGCAAAAAAAGCAUCACCGAAAGGGUCCCAAGCCCCCCGGCCCCCCGGGAUGGCCAAUCAUCGGCAACAUAUUUGAUCUAGGAACCAUACCACACCAAACACUCUAUGAGCUCAGACCAAAGUACGGACCUGUGCUUUGGUUAAAGCUCGGAUCAGUCAACACUCUGGUGAUCCAGUCGGCCGAGGCCGCUGCCGAGCUCUUCAAGAAUCAUGACCAGGUUUCCUGUGACCGCAAAAGUCGCGACGCGUUUACGGCUCAUGACUACAACCAGGGGUCACUUGUAGUUGGUAGAUAUGGCCCAUACUGCCGCAUGCUCCGCCGCUUUUACAUGACAGAGCUCAUGUCAAACAAACGGGUGAACGAAACGGCUCAGAUUAGGCGGAAGUGCAUCCACGACAUGAUACAAUACAUAGAGAAGGAUGCAGCGGCGGCACGUGCAAAAGGAGAAGCAGGGGAGCUGGAUUUGUCCCACUUUCUCUUUAUUAUGGUUUUUAAUCUCAUGGGCAACCUGGUGCUGUCACGGGAUCUUGUAGAUUCCAAAUCGAAGGAAGGGAGGGAGUUCCGUGAAGCCAUGGAUAAGUUCAUGAAAUGGGGUGGAAUGCCAAACGUUGUUGAUUUCUUUCCAGUCCUGAAAUGGUGGGAUCCUCAAGGGAUCAAGAGAAACAUGAAGCGAGACAUGGGACAAGUCAUGGAAAUAAUAGCUGGGUUCCUGAAGGAGAGGAUCGACGAGAAGAGAAUGGAGAAGGAGAAUCAAACAAAGGACUUCCUAGACGUUGUAUUGGAGCAUCAGGAUGAGCUAACCCAGCAUAAUGUCAUCAUUUUUAUACUGGAAAUAUUUCUUGCAGGGUCUGAAACAAGCAGCAACACCUUAGAGUGGGCAAUGGCAGAGCUGCUCCGCAACCCAGAAAGUAUGAGAAAAGUUAAAGAAGAGCUGAAUCGAGUUUUUGGGCCGAACAAGGAAGUUGAAGAGAGUGAUAUAGAGGAACUUCCAUAUAUGCAAGCAGUGGUUAAGGAAACACUGAGGUUACAUCCACCAGGUCCCUUUCUUAUUCCUCGGAAUGCCAUGGAAGAUACCAAUUUCAUGGGUUAUGUCAUACCUAAAGAUACACAAAUUUUGGUGAAUGCCUGGGCAAUUGGAAGAGAUCCAGAAGCUUGGGAGGAUCCCUUAAUGUUCGAGCCCGAGAGAUUUUUAGGCUCAAAAAUUGACUACAAAGGACAGAAUUUCGAGUUAAUCCCUUUUGGAUCGGGCAGACGAAUUUGUGUUGGCAUGUUGUUGGCUCACAGGUUGCUUCAUCUUGGUCUAGCUUCUCUGCUGCACUACUUCGAUUGGGAGCUUCCGAUUAACACAACUCCAGCAGAUGUGGACAUGACUGAGAGAAACGGAAUUGCAGUGCGAAAGCUCGUACCAUUGAAAGCCAUUCCAAAUAGGAAGGAAUUAUAGAGAAUAUUUAAACCAUGAUCUUAAUAUUAGAAUCAAGAUGAUCAAGGAAAAAAUAAUGUAUAAGAUUGUGCAAAUAAGGGGUCUUUAAUUGG